UGGGCCGAGAAAUCAAUACGGUAGUGCGCAGACUGCUAGUACUGUUCGAGGGGAGGUUUGGCGGAUUCGUAGGGAGGUAGUGAGAUACAGGGAGAGAGAGAGGAUGAGCCUGAAGAACCUGUUGACGGCGGCAGCGCUGCAGGGGGUGGCGGAGGCGCGGGCGAGGAUCUUUGGACACAUCCUGAACCCGACGGGGAAGCGAUCCCCCCACAAGAUCCUCCGAAAGAAGCUUAUUGGCGACAAGGUCGCUCAGUGGUACCCCUACGACAUCAAGAACGACGACCCCCUCGUCAUCGCCCGCGAGGAGAAACAGCGGUUGGCGAAGUUGGAAAUGUUGAAGCGUCGUGGGAAGGGACCUCCAAAGAAGGGCCAAGGAAAACGUGCUACUAAGCGCAAUAAAUAAUUGUGUCAUCGUUAUUUUGUUGUGCUUUCAUGCCUGGUUCUUCCUCUUGAUAGGACAUUAUUUUGUAUGACAAUGUCUCAUCUAAUCCUUGUGUGCUAGACCUUUUCACAUUGUAGUUUGAUGCAACUAGGAAUAAGAUGGUCAUUGAUCCUUACUCUCAUGGAGACAGCACUUGGGUCAGUUUGUAAUGUACUUUUUUUUCACUGGUUACAGUUUUCUGAUGCUGGAUUUGUUGCUCAUUGAA